UACAAAAUGUGGCUCUUCAUUGCAGUAGCAUUUCUGAUACAAGCAUCUCCCAGCUCAGAAGAACUGAUUCGGAGGAAGAGAGAUGUGAAUCCAGAAACAUUCAUGAAUGUUAGUCAAAUGAUCUGUUGCAGAGGAUAUCCCAGUGAGGAGUAUGAUGUACUCACAGAUGAUGGUUAUUAUGUGACAAUAAACAGAAUUCCUUGUGGCAGACAAAAUCCUUGCAACAAAGAGCCAAAGCCCGCUGUGCUUCUCCAGCAUGGAAUUUUUGGAGAAGGUAGCAACUGGGUUUCAAAUUUGGCCAACAACAGCUUGGGCUUCAUAUUAGCAGACUCUGGCUAUGAUGUUUGGAUUGGAAACAACAGGGGGACAACCUGGUCAAAAAGACAUCAGAACUUUUCAACUGACCAAGAGGAGUUUUGGGAUUUCAGUUUUCAUGAAAUGGCCAGAUAUGACCUUCCAGCAAUGAUCAACUUUAUUCUGCAGAAAACUGGGCUGAAGCAGAUAUAUUAUGUGGGUUACUCUCAGGGCUCUACUAUCGGUUUCAUAGCAUUUUCAUCUAUGCCAGAGCUGGCACAAAAAGUCAAAAUGUUUUUUGCCUUAGCUCCUGUAGUCACAAUUAAAAACUCCAAAAGCCCUGUCUUGAAAAUGCCACUUCUUCCUAAUGCAACUUUCCAGGAUAUGUUUGGCAAAAAAGAUUUCCACCUAAGAAAUAAGAACUGGAAAGUGAUUACUGCUAAUAUAUGCAGUAAUCCAUUAAUUAAUAAACUGUGUGCCAAUUUGCUCUUCCUUUUGGGUGGAUACAAUGAGAAAAACUUAAAUACGAGUCGAAUGGAUGUGUACAUAGGCCACUACCCAGAUACAACGUCUACUAAAAAUAUGAUGCACUGGCUCCAGGGACAAAAAUCAGGAGAAUUCAGAUACUUUGACUAUGGUGAGAGAAACCAGGCUCAUUACCACCAGAUGACUCCUCCUCGCUACUUGAUAGAAGAAAUGGCUGUACCAACUGCAGCCUGGUCUGGUGGAGCGGACUGGGUUGCAGACAAACAGGAUGUUGACGAGUUGCUCCCUCGGAUAAUAUUUGAUUUUAAAGACAUUUUAUCCACAUACAUGACCAUGCAAGAUUCUGAGGAUCAGAAUAGCCCUCCUGAUGUUUCCAGAAACAGUCAUCUUCAGAAAGACACCACAAAAGUCUGCUUAAUUUGA